CAUUAAUAUAAAUAGCCUAUCAGCGUUAUAGCGAAUUCUUGACUUCCAGUCGCUCGACAGAAGUUUUCCAGUCGCGGCCGUUUCUUAGUUAUUUGCAACCGUGUGCAAGUGCCAAGUUAUUCAGCCGUUCACGCACAUACCGGUAUCAUAACAUGUUACGCAAUCUUCCUGGAAGCAUUCCGCUGGGGAGCUUAUUUGGCAUUCCUAUUCGACUACAUGUCACCUUCCUUGCCGUGCUGGCGCUGCAGCUGCUGGGCUCGCUGGCGUACGGCGGGCAGUGGGUGCUGCUGUGGUUCCUGCUGCUGGGCCCGGUGCUGCUGCUGACGGUGCUGGUGCACGAGCUGGGGCACUGCGCGGCGGCGCGGGCGGUGGGCGGCAGUGCGGAGGGGGUGCUGCUGUGGCCGCUGGGCGGACUGGCGUUCCUGGGACACAAUGCGGGGCCGAAGGCGGACAUGUGGGUGGCGGUGGCGGGUCCGCUGACGCACGUUCCCAUGGUGGGCGCCUGGCUGCUGCUGCUGCUGCCCGCCUACCACGCCUCCACGGGCAGCUGGCACAUCCGGCUGGACAUGCCGUACCCUGACUCGCACCACCUGUGGCACGCGGUGUGCGUGGGAGCCAUCAUCAUCAACAUCAGCCUCUUCGCCUUCAAUCUGCUGGUCCCCGCCUACCCGCUGGACGGCGGGCGCCUGCUGGUGGGCGGGCUGCUGACGGCGGGCGUGGCGCCGCGGCGAGCAGCCGCCGUCACCAUUGGGCUGGCGGUGCCGCUGGGGCUGGGGGUGCUGGCGUACGGCAUUGUCGUAUUCCAGGCGGUCACGAUCAUGGUGGCAGGUUUCAUCCUCUACGCCACCUUCCAACUCUUCCAAGCCCUGCGCGCGGACGCUCUGGACCGCCACCCCCUCUUCGCAGCCAGCUACGGUCACGGUGCCGCUGGUGGCGGCGGCGGCGGUGCUGCUGCUGCUGCUGGCGGCGUUGGCAGUCAUGAGCCGUACUUCAAGUUUGACAGCAGCCAUGCAGGGGGAGCCGGCGGCAGGACGCCUGGUUUGGCAACAAAUGUGUAGUGUAGUGGGGGUGUAGAGAGGAGCAUGAUCUGCUCUUAGGAAUGCAUUGGUCGGUUGUCACCAAGCUGUUGUUAGGCGUGUUGAAGGUGUUCAGCAGGUGUGAACGUGAGGUUGUGUUGCCUUGCAUUCCGGCGAGUAGCUGCGUGUGUGUUGCAAUACCGGUACGUAAGGGGCGUACGCCUUUCAACACAGCAUGCGUGCUUGAUGUAACGGAUUGCCUAGGUUGCGGCUUGUGCAACAGGGUGCAGCAGGUUACGUAGAGAAG